AAUGGAUGAAGAGGAUAUAUUCGAACAGGACCAUGCUGAUGAAAUGGAAUACCUAAUGGAAUUAGAAAAUUCAAGUAGAAAUGAAUCUCAAUCGAAGAGGAUUCUUCAAUUCGAUGGAACUGAGAAAAAACAGAAUGAACUUUUCAAUAAAUCGUUCUCGCCUAAACCAUUAACUGAAAUACAAUCGACAGAAGAUAAUUGCUUGUUUAUCGAUACAAACACGAAACGCAAGAGAGUUUGCGAGUCAUAUAGCUCUGAUUCUGGAGAUGAAAUUGUUAAAAGGAUAAGAGUAGAACCGAAUAAAAAUGGUGUUGAAAUAAUUAAGGAGAUGCCAGUCAAGCCACUGAAUAAAAAAACUGAUGUAGAACCAACGCCACCACUGGAAGAUAAUACUUGGUUACUUAAGAAAUUCCCUGUAAAAGGAAAAUAUAUAAGACUAACAAAAAAUAACGGAGAAAGAUAUUACCUGACCGUCAAAGAGGAAGGAAAUGAAAACCCUCUAAAGCAUAAGACUCACACAAUGGAUACUCUGCUUGGUAUCCCAAUGCAUAGUUUAUAUCGAAAAGCCCAAGAAGAGAAAAUUAAACGAUUAGAGCUUGAAGAAACUCUUGAGGAUCUUGAAAUGGAAUCAGCUCAAGAUUUUCAGCCGGAUGAGAAUAAAUUAUGGGCUCAGAAAUAUUCGGCAAGAUCCUAUUUUGAUCUAAUAUCUAGCGAGCCAAUAAAUAGAAGAAUACUACAUUGGCUCAAAUUAUGGGAUCAUGUUGUAUUUAAUAAACCAGUUCUACCAAAACCUAACUUUCCUAAUUCGAAUAUGAAAAAUUCAAAGAUGUCAAUCAACAACAACAAUGGAAAAAAAUUCCAAUCAAAGGCUGAAAAUGAAUUAAAUGAAAAAACUUUAGAUUCUCAUAAUAGACCUUUUUAUAAAGCUGUUUUACUGUGUGGAAAUCCUGGUUUAGGUAAAACAACAUUGGCUCACGUACUUGCCCGACACGCUGGUUAUGAUGUCGUUGAAAUUAAUGCAAGUGACGAUCGAACAACAGAAGUAUUUAAAAGGAGACUAGAAACUGCAACUCAAAUGAAAUCCGUUCUAGGAUCAAACGGUCGACCAAAUUGCUUAGUCAUUGAUGAAAUCGAUGGAGCACCUCAAGCAACUAUUAAUAUCUUAUUAAACGUCAUAAAAGCAGCUGAUAAAGACCCAACUAAAAAGUCUAAAAAGGGAAUCCUUAGGCGUCCUAUAAUCUGUAUAUGUAACGAUCUGUAUACACCAGCAUUAAGACAGCUACGUCAAGUUUCCUUUAUUGUUAAUUUUCCACCUAUUCUAUCUGAAAAAUUGUCCAAUAGACUAAUGGAGAUUUUAAAAAUCGAACGAAUCGACUCAGACGUUAGUACAAUGAUGUUAUUAGGAGAGAAAACCGAUAAUGACAUUAGGGCUUGUUUAAAUACUCUACAGUUUAUGAAAUCACGAGGAAGAACCGGUAUCUAUAUUCAUCAAAUACGAGACGAAAAUAUCGGUAUUAAAGAUACCCAGAAAAGUCUAUUUGGUCUUUGGAAUUAUAUCUUCAAAAUACCAGCAAACAAGCAGAAGAGAUAUAUUAAUCCUCAUGAAAGGAAGACCACUGACAUUAUUACGCUUAAAGAAGCUGUAUCUAAUAAUGCUAGUCAUCCAUCUGUAAGAUUUUCGAAUACACUAAAACAAUCAUGGGCAACUGGAGAAUAUGAUAAAGUUUGUCAAGGCCUAUUUGAAAAUUACCUUCAUCAUAGAGUUAAGGACCACGAUAUGAACUUAGUAAAUAAAGCUGUUGAUUGGUUAGCCUUUUCUGAUGUACUUGGCAAGCAAGUACAGCAAACUCAACGAUAUACUUUAGAAGCAUAUCAACCGUUCGUUCCAGUUGCCUUUCAUAUGCUCUUAGCUAGUAUUCAUUCAAUAAGAAUAACAUAUCCGCAUUCUCAUUUAGUUCAGUCGUUUAUAACAUCUAUUACACCAUCCCUAAGGCACUUUUUAGAUGAAAUAACCACAAAUUGUGAACUUAUUCCAUUGCUACUUCAUAUUCUAGAACCAAACCUUAGGCCGGUAAAUGCCGAAUUAUAUAGCGCUAAAGAGAGAAGUGAGCUAUUGAGAGUGAUCCAUUUAAUGAUCUCCUAUGGACUUGAAUACGAGCAGAAGAAAACCGAUGACGGCCACUAUAAUUAUCUUAUAGAACCGAACUUGGUCGAAAUAGCAUCAUUCCCAGGUUGCAAUUUCCAGAGCAAAUUAUCAUAUUCAAUAAAACAAUUUAUUUCCCGAGAGAUAACAUUAGAAAAAUUAAGAUUAAGAGAAACGAACGAGGAGAAAACUUGUCAAAGAACUACAACGAUUACAAAAAAAUUCAAUGCUCUACCUCAACCACAAGAGAAUAAGACUAAAGAUCAACAACAACUUGAACCUAAUUUUAAAAGACAAAAAUUACAACCUAAAAGUAUUGUUGAAAAACACGAAAAGGCUCCAACUGACUUUUUUGGUCGCAAAAUAGAAAGAUCUAAAAACCUAAAAAGCCCAAAAGAAUCGGGUAAUACAAUCCUAUUGAAAGAGGUAUGGUUUCAAUUUAAAGAAGGCUAUUCAAAUGCAGUUAGGAGAACGGUGAAAAUUUCAGAUUUACUAUAA